AUGUGCAGAGCGCUGUCCAAGCAGGUGACGAUGGUCGAACCCAGCGCGCCGUUGCUGAGACCAGUCGUCGACAAGCACACCAACGCGUCGCCAGCGGCAUACGGUCCCAAUGCGACAACACACAGCGGAAUGUCCACCAGCAACGACGGCAGGCCAACAUCGCGUCGCCGGGCACGAUUGUUCGAGGGCAUCGACCAAACACGUGAUAAUCGAAUCGCCAUUGACCGCCGUCGUGAUGACAUUCGUCGCGAGACAUUCGGCGACGUUGCCCACGGCGUAGACGCCCAGGUCGGCCGUACAGAGCAGAGCGUCCACUUCAAGAGCGACGCCGGUGGUGCCCGCCAGUUCCUUGCAGUGUUCAGGCAGGUCGACACUGCAGCCGGGCGUGGCCGAGGAAGACGGAGCCGGGCAGUCGAUCGGGAUCGCGGUUACCGUCGGGGUCGUGGGGGGGUUCAGUUGCAGCGCAUCGUACAAGCAGGCCACGAUGGUGUAGCCCUGGGUAUUGCCGUCGAUGCCCGUCGUGACCAAGCACUGCGCAACGGCUCCAAUGGCGAACGGACCCAGCUCGGCCAAGCAAACAGCGGAAUCGGCGAUAAGUGGGAUGCCAGACUCGUUCUCGAGGGCAACACAAGGAGCGGGCAGCGAGUCGAUGCACUUGCCCGCGAAGGCGUUGUUGAGACAGUUCACCACAUCGGUGCCCAGCGAAAUGGGGGUCAGAUCCGUCGUCAAGCACGUAAGGGCGCUGCCGGUGCCGUACACACCGAGAGACGCGAGACAGACCGCAGCAGGGUCAAUAAGGGCAAGGUCGUUGUAGAGGGCGAGGCCGACGCCGAUGCUGCAGACGAUGCUGACGACGGGGUGGCGGACACGGAGCUGGGGGCGCUCGAAGACCCUGCGCUAGACGAGGCUGCAGAAGAUGAAGACGGGACAGACGACGUGCUGGAGACGGACGGAGAUGAGCUGCUGCCUCCAGGAGAAGCACUAGAAGCAGACGAAGCGCUAGAAGAAGCACUGGAUGAAGCAGCACUGGAAGAAGCACUGGAUGAAGCAGCACUGGAAGAAGCACUUGAUGAAGCAGCACUGGAAGAAGCAACACUAAAAGAAGCGGCACUCGAAGAAGUAGCACUGGAAGAAGCACUCGAAGAAGCACUCGAAGAAGCACUCGAAGAAGCACUCGAAGAAGCACUCGAAGAAGCACUCGAAGAAGCAGCACUCGAAGAAGCAGCACUGGAAGAUGCAGCGCUGGAAGAAGCAGCACUGGAAGGAGCAGUACUGGAAGAAGCAGUACUGGAAGAAGUAGCGCUGGAAGAAGCAGCGCUGGAUGAAGCAGCGCUGGAAGAAGCAGCGCUGGAAGAAGCAGCGCUGGAAGAUGCAGCGCUGGAAGAAGCAGCACUCGAAGAAGCAGCACUCGAAGAAGCGGCACUAGAAGAAGCAGCACUGGAAGAUGCAGCGCUGGAAGAAGCAGCACUGGAAGAAGCAACACUAAAAGAAGCGGCACUCGAAGAAGUAGCACUGGAAGAAGCACUAAAAGAAGCACUCGAAGAAGCACUCGAAGAAGCACUCGAAGAAGCAGCACUCGAAGAAGCAGCACUGGAAGAUGCAGCGCUGGAAGAAGCAGCACUGGAAGAAGCAGUACUGGAAGAAGCAGUACUGGAAGAAGCACUCGAAGAAACAGCACUGGAAGAUGCAGCGCUGGAAGAAGCAGCACUGGAAGAAACACUAAAAGAAGCACUCGAAGAAGCACUCGAAGAAACAGCACUGGAAGAUGCAACGCUGGAAGAAACAACACUGGAAGAAGCACUCGAAGAAACAGCACUGGAAGAAGUAGCACUGGAAGAAGUAGCGCUGGAAGAAGCAGCGCUGGAUGAAGCAGCGCUGGAAGAAGCAGCGCUGGAAGAAGAAGCGCUGGAAGAAACACUAAAAGAAGCACUCGAAGAAGCACUCGAAGAAGCACUCGAAGAAGCAGCACUCGAAGAAGCAGCACUCGAAGAAGCGGCACUAGAAGAAGCAGCACUGGAAGAUACAGCGCUGGAAGAAGCAGCGCUAGAAGACGCACUGGAUGAAGCGCUGGAGGCAGACGAGGCACUCGAAGAAGCGGCUGACGAAGAAGCACUGGAGACAGAACUAGAGACAGACGAAGAAGCACUGGAGACAGAACUAGAGACAGACGAAGAAGCACUAGAAGGAGCACUGGAAGAAGCACUGGAUGCAGACGAAACGGCCGACGAGCCGCUUGAAGCGACACUGGAGGAAGCACUGGAAGCAACACUGGAAGCAGACGAAGUACCAGACGAGGCUGCCGACGAUGCGGUUGACGAGCCGCUCGACGCAGCGCUGGAAGCAGACGAAGUAGCGCUGGAGGCAGACGAGGCGGCCGACGAGGCACUAGAUGAAGCAGCAGACGAUACUCCAGACGAGGUAGCGGAUGAAGCAACGGAUGAGGCAGACGACGACGCAGACGACGAGGCAACGGACGAGACACUAGACGACGCAGAGGACGAUGCACUAGACGAUGCACUAGACGAGACGGCGGAUGAGGCAGACGAUGAAGCAGACGAUGAAGCAGAAGAUGAGGCAAUGGACGAUGCCGACGACGAGGCAGCCGACGACGAGGCAGCCGACGAAGCAGAUGACGAGGCAGCCGACGACGCAGACGACGAGGCAACGGACGAUGCCGACGACGAAGCAGUCGACGAAGCAGACGACGUGGCAGACGACGUGGCAGACGACGAGACAGCGGAUGAAGCGACAGAUGAAGCAGACGAUGAAGCAGACGACGAAGCAGACGACGAAGCAGACGACGAGGCAACGGACAAUGCCGACGACGAUCCUGACGACGAAGCAGACGACGAAGCAGACGACGAAGCAGACGACGAAGCAGACGACGAGGCAGCCGACGAUGCACUAGACGAGGCAGCUGACGAUGCUGACGACGAGGCAUACGACAGAGCAGACGACGAGACAGAUGAUGACGAGGCAGCCGACGAGGCAGCGGACGAUGCACUAGACGACGUAGCGGACGAUGCUGACGACGAGGCAGACGACGAGGCAACGGACAAUGCCGACGACGAUCCUGACGACGAGGCAGACGACAGAGCAGACGAUGAGGCAGACGACGAGGCAGCUGACGAAACGUCCGAAGACAGGCUGGAAGAACUACCUGAGUUGGAAGCCGAGUUGGAAGCCGAGUUGGAAGCCGAGUUGGAAGCUGGGCCACUAGAGCUGGCAGUAGAAGCGGUGGGCUUGGGGGUGUCGAUGAUGACAGUGCCAGUAGAGUCACCAGGACCAGGCGGGACUGUCAAAGUGACCGGCGUGCUGCCAGUCCACUGUCCCGUAAUGGUUGUGUAA